GCUUCUUGCAGCUGCAUGACUGAGUUUUUCUUGCAGCUGCAUAACAGGGACAUUUUCUUGCAGCUGCACAACAGCGACUUUUUCCAACAGCGACUUUUUCUUGCAGCUGCAUGACAACGACUUUUUCUUGCAGCUGCAUGACAACGACUUUUUCUUGCAGCUGCAUGACAACGACUUUUUCUUGCAGCUGCAUGACAACGACUUUUUCUUGCAGCUGCAUGACAACGACUUUUUCUUGCAGCUGCAUGACAACGAGGCCUAUGUGGACUCGCCGUCUCAAGACGUGCGUGACAGUGCAAUUUCCAACCAUGACCCAAUGUCCAUGAUCCAAUGUCCACGAUCGAUCAUCCACACGUCGUGACGUGAAGCCGUGUCUUGCUCACCUCCGGCCUCCGCCCCCGCCGACGCCAAGCGUGCAUUAAAUUUACCCCAACGCGAACGCGUCCCGCAAGACAAGCCCAGACGCCCUCGCCAACACACACCAUGUCGCUUUCAAUACCCAGCGCCCCGAACGCCGGGCUGUUCAAGCAGGGCUACCAGAACUACGACGCCGAGGAUGGCGCCGUCAUUCGCAACAUCGACGCCUGCAGGACGAUUGCCCAGACGGUGCAGACGUCGCUGGGCCCCUACGGCCGCAACAAGAUUGUCAUCAACCACCUGCAAAAGAUGAUCCUCACCUCGGACGCGGCCACCAUCCUGCGCGAGCUCGAGGUCGUGCACCCUGCCGCAAAGCUGCUGGUCAUGGCCAGCCAGCAGCAGGAGGCCGAGAUGGGCGAUGCGACCAACCUCGUCAUCGUCCUGGCCGGUGAGCUGCUGAAAAAGGCCGAGGAGCUCAUUCGCAUGGGCCUCAAGACAAGCGACAUUGUCCUGGGCUACGAAAAGGCGCAGAACGCGGCACAGCAGGUCCUCGAGGAGCUGGUGUGCGACCGCGUCGCCGAUAUCCGCUCGCAGGAGGAGCUCGCAAAGGCCAUCCGCACCGUCGUCGCCGCAAAGCAGUCGGGCAGCGAAGACUUCCUCGCCGACCUCGUCGCAGAGGCCGUGCUCGCCGUCCUGCCCAAGAACCCCGUCAACUUCAACGUCGACAAUGUCCGCGUCGUCAAGAUCAUGGGCGGCGCGCUGGAGCAGAGCAAGGUCGUCCGGGGCAUGGUCUUUGCCCGCUCGCCCGAGGGCAGCGUCACAAAGGCCUCCAAGGCCAAGGUCGGCGUCUUCUCGUGCCCCAUUGACAUCUCGCAGACGGAGACCAAGGGCACCGUGCUGCUGCACAACGCCAAGGAGAUGCUGGACUUCACAACGGGCGAGGAGCAGCAGGUCGAGCAGGCCGUCAAGGAGCUGCACGACUCGGGCAUCCGCGUCGUCGUUGCGGGGUCCACCAUUGGCGAGCUCGCGCAGCACUACCUCAACCGCUACAACAUGCUCACCAUCAAGAUCCUCUCCAAGUUUGAGCUGCGUCGACUGUGCCGCGUCGUCGGCGCCACACCGCUGGCCCGUCUCGGCGCCCCCAUGCCCGACGAAAUGGGCGCUAUCGACGUUGUCGAGACGCUCGAGAUUGGCGGCGACCGCGUCACCGUCUUCCGCCAGGAAAACGAGCAGACGCGCACAGCGACCCUCGUCCUCCGCGGCGCCACCCAGAACCAUCUCGACGACGUGGAGCGCGCCAUUGACGACGGCGUCAACGUUGUCAAGGCCAUUACCCGCGACGCCCGCCUCGUCCCCGGCGCCGGCGCCACCGAGAUGCAGCUCAUCGAGCGCAUCAAGACCAUCGCCGACAAGACCCCCGGCCUCGCACAGUACUCGAUCCGCAAGUUUGCCGAAGCCUUUGAGGUCAUCCCGCGCACGCUCGCCGAGUCGGCUGGUCUGGACGCCACCGAGGUCCUCGCGCGCCUGUACGUUGCGCACGGCGCGCAAAAGGGCAACAAGGACGACGAGUGGACCGUCGGCGUCGACAUUGAGAACGACGACAACACGGGCACCCUCGACGCCAAGCAGGCGGGUAUUCUCGACCUGUGGGUUAGCAAGAGCUGGGCCGUCAAGCUGGCCGCCGAGGCGGCCCGCACCGUGCUCAGCGUCGACCAGAUCAUUGUCGCGCGGCAGGCGGGCGGCCCGAAGAUGCCGGGCAAGGCGCAGCAGGGGAACUGGGAUAAUGACGAUUAGACGGUUUGAGGACAAGGGAGCGACGACGACGACGACGACGAGAGUUGCAUGAGCAGGAGCGUUCCAAUCACACGACCAGCGCUCGAGAAGAGUUACAAUGACAUGGCCAGCGCUCGAGAAGAGUUACAAUGACAUGACCAGCGCUCGAGAAGAG